GUAAAAAGUCAUUUCUCGAGCAGUAUUCAUACUGGCCUUUGAUUCGUCGUUGUUUGAGCCUUGUUUGGGCAUAUCUGAUCUGGCUGCCGAAAUGUCAAUUUGUAGGUGUGGAUUUGCCCUCUUCAACUGCUCACAAUUCCUGAAGAGACGGAUAAGACGAUCCUCUGUGCACAGCAGACCCAACUUGAAUUUCUCUCCUAUUUCUUACCUUAGCAAUGAGGAGACUCGUUAUUCAGUUCCAAUUUCUGGGAAAGAGCCGUCCCCAAUUGUUCUGAGCAGAAGAUUGCUGACCCACUCCGUCUUAGCUGCUUGGCUUCUCCCGAGCUGCUCCGGAGCCAUUGAAGGAGGAGGAAGAGAGGCGUUGGAGCUAGAAAGGUUGAGAAGGCCGGGGCUGCUGUGCUCUUUGAGGAAAACACAAAGCAGCGAUCCAACAGUGUUGGGGUUGUGGUGAACCCAGUGAGAAUCACAAGCCUAAGACAGUUUGGAAGUCCUCAGUUUGUGGCAGAAAAACUCAUUCACGCCGAACGGCAAAAGGUUUGAUUCUUCGUGUUUUUUAUUUAAAACUGGGUGGUGGCCGGGAAGGUUCAAACUUUUACCUUUCGGUCAAUGAGGGUUUGAUACCAUGCUAAAGAACCAAUUCAACCAAAAGCUCAAACUUGUGGGUGUAGACCCAGUAAAGGCCUUUAUACUCUAACACAAUCAAACAUCGUAAAGCAAAUUAGGAACACCGUAUAGGAGUGGAGGGAAUAGUGUUUAAAUAUUAGCAAGAAUAGAAAAUCAAUCAAAGCAAGUGAAUGGAAGGUUUGAGUUGAGAGUGCAUGUUUGAAAACAUUACCGUACCUACGUUUACUUAAAUUAUCAAUAGUUGAUCACAAAAGCAAAAGCCGAACUUAAAGUCCUGCACACUCUUCGAAUAAGAAUGUAGAGAGGCUUGAAUACCGAAGGGCCAAGAAUCAGAUCAGACCAUAUCAGAUUAGUUCAGCAACAACUUUAAAAAACACUACAUUUACAUCAAAUCACAUCGGCCUUAAAAAAUUCAAAUCAGACGAAGAGAAUGCAUCUUUAGUAUAUUUAGUAACAAGAUACGAAGUAUAUGUCAAUUUAAAGUUUAUCACCUCAGCUUUGGAAUUUCUGUUUAUUAGUUAUCUUAUUGUGAUGAUAUGCUUACUCAUUAUUGUUAGCUAAUUGAGGAUAAAAACAUCUAGAGUUGAGAUAAAUAUAUGCAAGUCUCAAUAGCGCAUGAGUUCAUAACGAACUUUGGUUUUUUUCAUCCGUUCUUGAGUAUCCAUUCUUCUUUUUAUUUCAGUCAAACUAAAUAAACUUUGAUCAUCAAAUAUAUAAUAAGUGAAUUGCAUAUUAAUAUAAAUUUAAGUUCAUUAGAUUAAUCUUGCAAAAGACCUUAAAAAAUAAUGCUCCCUCUCUCCAAUGCCUUUGCCACUCUAGGGUGGGCGGCAAUGCUCACACUAACUAGCGUCUAUUCGGAAUUAUCUUCCGGGUUUGACUUGGUACGAUUUUUUAUAAAGUGGAAUGUGGGUGGUUGUGGUUUGUGUAAAGGAAAGAGAGUUGAUAUGGACCACAUAUUUGUUUCCUUAAAAGGAAAGAGAUUUCUUUUGGGACAACCCAAAUAGGAAAGAAAGAAGAUAACUAUGGGAUGCAGGGAACAACAACAACAACAACUCAGUUAAAUCCCACAAGAGUAGGGUCUGGGGAGGGUGUGUGUACGCAGACUUUACCCCUACUCGAAAGUAGAGAGGCGGUUUCCAAAAAGACCCCCGGCUCAACGUUGAAAGGUGCAUUGCUUGACUAAUUGCUACUUCAUUAAUUAAAGACAGUUUAGAGAUCCAUUUUGAUUUAUUCCAUCACACUCUAAAGCCAAAAAAAUGGUGAAAUUUUGGCUCCAUCGGAGAUGAUGGAAAUUUAUGGGAUGCAGGGAAUACUAUUAUAUUAAUAUGAAAUGCAUUUCUAUUUAACUAAUGAUAAAAAAGGUUAAGGUGAAUGUAUACACUAUGACAGAGUAUUUUUAUCUCAAAUGGUAGUUUUAGCAUUCAAAAUUAUUCCAUAUAUGGAAUAUUUUCUACAAAAAAAGGGGCAGCAAUUUUAAUUUAUGAAUUUAAUUUCUUCGAGUGAAUUUAUCAUUGAUUUUUUGAGCUAUAGAGAUGAAAAGGAUGAUAGUAGACGGGGCAUGUGAUGCAUUUCAUUUGAACAUCGACAACACAAUAAACUGUGGAUGGGUACAUCAUCAUUUAUUGUCCUCACUUUAUCAUUGUUUCUUUGGGUAUGAACUUAUCAUGUUGAGUAGCUAAAUUCAGAUACUAAAUUCACAGUGAAAAU